CCAGAAGAGGGGAAGAAAAGGCAAUCUGGGGAUGAACCGGAGAGGUGCGGAGAGGCAUCGAAUGACGUUGAAGACCCCUAACUAAUAAUGGCUCGGGGUGCAGUUUUUUUUUGCGAUCUUUCCCAUCAAUGGCUCAAAGAUAUUCAUGCAUAGAGGUACCCAUAAAAGACGCACAGUUGCACUUUCAAGCAAAAGCCAAUGACGCGAAACAGGCUCGACCAACAGCCGACCCAACAGGACAGAGACGCUUCUUCCAUCAUUUUCUACUGAGGGCGGCUCAUCAGCAUGGCUUCAUCAUCAUCAUCAUUAUCACCAUCGGAGUUGUUAGAGUCGCUGGAGCGCACAGUGGCAGAACUGGAAGCCUUGGAGGCGAUCUACGGUGCCAAUGACGAUGACAACUGCGGUAAUGACGAGACCAAUUUGUUCCAGGUUGUCUCUUUGGACGAGUUGGAAGAGGCGAGACGAAUCAUUGCCGAAGGGGAUGCGAGCGUCAUUCCAGAACUGAAGAUUGAGAUUGCCUGUCGCUUGGAAGAAGAAGGAAUAACGAUCAAGUUGGUGUGUCGCCUUCCGGUUGGCUAUCCAGAGGAGAAACCUGCCGUGGUAGUGUCGGUACAACAGUCGUCAGUGUCCAACAACAAGCAAUGGAUUCUGCAUCCCUCCAAACGAGAUGCCUUGCUGACAGAACUCAAUCAAACCGCCGAGUCACUAGUAGGAGCCGAAUCCGUCAUGACCUUGGUAGAGACACUCAAGGAACUGGCACCAACCUAUUGCUGCUCCACUACUAGCACUAGCACUACUACUACCACCAACCCACAACAACAGAAGAUCAUUACAAACGACGACGACGAGCAGAUUCUCACAAUUACUGUGAUUUCCACACAUCACUUGCUGGAUCACGCACCCGACAAUUACCUCGCCAAGGGCGGCACCAAACACAAACUAACGGGUUUCUAUCGCUUUGGAACUCCUGGAUUGGCUUUUUGUAUUGGGUGUGAUCCCACCAGUGUGGAACACUUUCAAUCCAGCCUCGAACAGAAAAUGCCACAAAAGAAGUUCCAAGUGGUGCUGUCGCGGCGUUGUACUACAAUCACCACAACACCAGCAAUGGAGGGAUGGCAACCAGUGACCAGAAUGGAACAGAUACGGCAACUCUUGACACCCGACGAAUUCACGGAUAUUCUCAAACUACAAGGAACAUUAUUAGUGGCAGGGAACACUGCUACCAAGAACAUGGAUGAGAGUAGUACCAAUACUGCCAAGGCAAAAGGGAAACAGGGAGGCAACAAGGUCAAAAAGUAAUAAUAGAUGGCAACGAUGGAUCAGCGCACAGAGCUUCAUACAGUACGGUAGCACCCGACCCUUACAAUACACUCCCUCACUUUUAAAAAUGGAUUGCCACAGGGAGGGUAGAGCUACGGUAUAGUACUAUCCAGCCACUUGCUAGGUGAAAGAGGACAGCCGCAGCUGCGGUACCGCUUGCUUGCUACCUAUCAGCAGCCAGCAGCUAGCUAGACUCGCCAAGAUAAGGAAACCAAAACCCUGUCCGUUCUAGCUCUUCUGCGAAAGUAGACUACUGGACUACGUCAGUUAGAUAGAAUGUCAUUG